CCCGGAAGGUCCGAAUAUUACGAUAAUAUGAGCAGAGCAUCUUCAGAUGUGAAAAGGAGAAGAAAAUUGGACGAUGAAAAAUUUGCUUUGGGCCGAAAGGGAAUCCUAGUAUUCUUUACUUUGUCUGUUCUCACCUUGAUGGCCGCUUUGGAUGGCACUUCGCUAUCUGUUGCUUUACCUGAAAUUGCGAAAGAACUCAAUGGAACAGCCAUCGAAGCAUUCUGGAGUGGAACUUCGUUCCUGCUGUGCUCGACAGUAUUCCAACCAAGCUUCGCCUCCUUCUCUAAUAUUUUCGGCCGUCGACCUAUGAUCAUGAUCUCCCUUAUAUUUUUCUGUGUCGGCGCGAUAAUCUCAGCAAUUGCCAAUAAUUUUACUUACAUGUUGAUCGGUCGAUCAAUCCAAGGUGUCGGCGGAGGCGGCAUUAUAUCUCUAAGCGAGGUCAUCAUAACUGAUCUUGUCCCUCUGCGAUGGCGUGGUCAGUAUUUCGGUAUCCUCAGUGCUAUGUGGAGUGCUGGGUCCGUUACGGGACCUAUUCUUGGUGGCGGAUUCUCUGAAGAUGUGUCUUGGAGGUGGAUCUUUUAUAUCAACUUCCCAUUUAUCGGGGUCGGCGGAAUUCUCGUGAUAUUAUUCUUGAACCUCAAGCUUGCCCCCAGUUCAUUAGUCGAGAAGCUCCGUCGGAUCGAUUAUCUCGGUACCGUGCUAUUCGUUGGAAGCAUGUCGUCCUUCUUAAUUCCCCUCAGCUGGGGUGGUAUCUCAUACGACUGGGACUCGUGGCACACACUUGUACCUCUUUGUGUAGGAGGAGUUGGGCUUAUUGUUUUCGGAUUCUACGAGUAUUACUUUGCCUCCGAUCCGAUUGUCCCACCUGUGAUAUUCCAGAACCGCACGGCAAUAGCUUCUUUCAUUGGGAGUGUUUUGCAGGGUUUGAUUCUAUGGUGUGCCCUCUAUUAUCUCCCUCUGUAUUAUGAAGCAGUGAAGGGGUAUAGCCCCAUUAUCUCGGGUGUUGCUCUAUUCCCCGAGACAUUCACUGUCGCUCCAAGUGGGAUGGUAGCCGGCGUCUUGAUCACGAGAACUGGCCGUUACAGAUGGGCUAUCUGGGUUGGAUGGGCCUUUUCAACUAUUGGACUUGGUUUGAUGUGUCUGAUCAAGGCGGAUACCAGUAUGCUCGGUUGGAUCUUCCUCAACAUUGUGCCCGGUCUUGGAUUAGGGAUCCUCUUCCCGUCUCUUGGCUAUGCAGUGCAGGCCUCGACAGAACCUGAGAACCUCGCCAUAGCGGUUGCCAUGUUUAGUUUCUUCCGUGCUCUCGGCCAAGCUAUCGGCGUUGCUGUCGGCGGUGUCGUCUUCCAGAACCGCAUGUUCGCCAAUAUCUCGAGGUAUUCUGCUCUCGCUCCUAUGGCUGAGGCGUACAGCAAGGAUGCUGCGGGGUUGGUCCAAGUUAUCAAGGCAAUGGCGGAUGGCGCUGACAAGAUGAAUCUGAAAGAAGCGUAUACAGACAGUUUACGCACGGUGUGGAUCGUCUGUUGUGGGAUUUCGGGUGUGGCGAUGCUGAUCAGUUUCUUGACGGAGCAUUACGAUCUUGACCGUGCAUUAGAGACGAAUCAAGGUCUUUGCGAUUAUGAUGAUGAGUCCAUCAACAGUUUGAAGGACUUGGAGAUGAGGAGAGACCGGAGAAUAGUCAUAGAGCAUCGACCUUGGGCGUGGUAG